AUGUCUAACCAAAAAUCUAAUAAAACUCUCAUCUACGAAACUCUAAAAACAUUGAGCCGCCCCGGAAAAGUUACUCCUCUAAACGAAAGCAGAAGCACAGACUUCUUUGCUCAAGACUACGAAGAUGAUAGAGAAAUCUAUGCACCGGAAACCUUUAUGAAAUUUUUUGGCGACUUCUUCUCAGGAGAAGAUCUCGAGGAAACUAUUCAGCGUCUUCAAAAAGAGACUGACUCAUCCUCAUCAUCGUCUUCAAGUGGGUCGGAUGAUGAAGAGCAAGUGGAAAAGAUCGAAGUCAAAAGAAAAAUUUUGAAUGUUUUUAAAAAAAUGGUUAAACGUUCAUGA